AUGGGCAGCAAGAAGAAGGAAAUCGCCCUGCAGGUCAACAUCAGCACCCAGGAGCUUUGGGAGGAAAUGCUCAGCUCCAAAGGACUAACUGUUGUCGAUGUCUAUCAGGGCUGGUGUGGCCCCUGCAAGCCCGUGGUGAGCCUCUUCCAGAAGAUGAGGAUCGAGGUUGGCCUGGACCUUCUGCACUUUGCAUUGGCGGAAGCAGACUGUCUUGACGUCCUCGAAAAAUACCGCGGGAGGUGUGAGCCCACCUUCCUGUUCUAUGCGGGAGGGAAACUGGUGGCUGUGGUUAGAGGAGCAAACGCCCCACUGCUGCAGAAAACCAUCCUGGACCAGCUGGAGGCCGAGAGGAAGGUGCUGGCUGAAGGCAGAGAACGGAAGGUGAUCAAAGACGAGGCUCUCUCUGAGGAGGAGGAACGCUUUUCCCAUGAAAAGGACGGUGGCGAAGACGUGGACGUGGCUUCAUCAGAGAAGACCUGUACCUUGGCGAUCAUUAAACCAGAUGCAGUCGGCCACGGGAAGACUGAUGAGAUUAUCAUGAAGAUCCAGGAAGCUGGGUUUGACAUUAUAAUGAGUGAAGAGAGGACCAUGACGGAGGCAGAAAUGCAACUCUUCUACCAACACAGAGCUGGAGAGGAGGCAUUUGAGAAGCUGGUACAUCACAUGUGCAGUGGGCCGAGCCACCUCCUGAUCCUCACCAGGACUGAGGACACCGAGGACGUUGCCACCGCCUGGCGAGCCCUCAUGGGACCCUGUGACCCGCACGUGGCCAGGAGGGAGCAGCCUGACAGUCUCCGCGCCCUGUACGGCACGGAAGUGCCCUUUAACGCGGUCCACGGGAGCCGGGACGCGGAGGACGCCCGCCAAGAGCUGGCUCUGCUCUUCCCCAGCUUUACGUUUGCAGACCACGUCCCGGAAGCCGCUCUGGACCGCGAGGAAGGAGUGGUGGGCCCCACCGAGGUGCUUCCCUUCCCUGAGGACGUGCACUGAGAUGGAUGUGCAGCCUCCGCAGCACGUGACCCAGGGCGUGGCCAGCAAGUGAAAUGCCAGCACGUUCCCAUCUGCUGCGCAUAAGGAAAGCUCUAGAAUCGGAUCUUAACUCUUUUGAGCACCAAUUUCUUUUAGUUUAGCUCUCUUUCAUGAAUAAUAAAAUCGUUUCCUGCCUUA